UUAUAUAGAUUUGCCAAAAGACCUCCAAUAACAAGUUUUUUAAUCUUCUUUAAAAUAAAACAAUGCAAUUUAAUUGUUUAAAACAAUAAUGCCAAUUGAAGGAGAAUUACAUCAAAAAGGAAUUGCCGAUCUACUGCUUCAGGAAUCGAAUUCUUUAAUUCUUUUGCAACUAGCGAAGAGUUUAAUAAAAAAUGUCAUCGAUGUUACUUCCAACGAAGAGGCUCUUAAGAUCAUCUUUACACAUAUGUCCAAUACCCAGGCAUUGUUAAGCAAACGCGCAAUUACUAAAGAAGUGCUCUUCAAAUAUGUUCAUAGCAACCAGAUACCUGUUACAAUAGACUUCACAAAACCCAUUCUAAUCAACAAAAUCAUUGAAUACUGGGAUCGGGGAGGACCUUCGAUACGAAACAGUAGUCAGAAUAAUUCCGUCGCUGAAAACAAACCUUCAACGAAUGAACUAAUUUCCCAGCCAAACACUACCCAACUCGAGGAAACCCAGCUACCGAUAAAUCUCUUGGCGCGAAAGUUUGCCGAGUGGUUCUUCCAGAACUACAAUGCAAACAACUUGAAAGUCGAGGAUUUUUGGAGGGAUUCCCGGCUCCUUCUGCGGAUAGCAGCCAACGAUUGCGUGAACGACCAACAAUGUGACAGUGCGGACCAAGUCAUAGAAACUCUAUUUGGAUGCAAGCAUCAAUUUAAUUUCUUUUUCAAUCCGAAUCUCUCACACGAUGGUGUUCAAGGACGAAUGGAUGUACAUGGCCUCGUUAUUGUUCUAGUCUGUGGAACGCUGCACACUCAGGAUAAUUGUGUUGGAGUUUUCGAGACAUCAUUUGGACUGAUGCGGGAUCCGUUUGCUUUAAACAAUUGGAAAAUAAAAACUAUACAAAGUCUGCUUCGAUCUCAGGGAGCUCCAAAGGAACCUAUAUUAAGCGAAAGCGAUACGUUGAAGGCAUCACUUGCAUUACCCGCACCACAAGGAGAUAUAUCCUAAUAGAAUGUAUGGAUAAUUGAGACUUAAUCUAUGAAAUUUGUAACAAAAACUUUUCAGUUGUUGUAUUUUUUUUUAUUUUGUUGUUAAUAAAGUUAGUAGUUUAUUAAGUUAAUGUAAAACAUGA